UUCAGAAAUGUUUUGAUUUCUACGUGUGUUUUACCUAUCUUUCUUUCGAUUUUAAUCUGAUACGCUGCGUGCUUUAAAAGGUUGCAUCAAACAUACAACUGAAGCAGUAAUCAUGUCGAGUGUAACUCACUCAGAUCUGGCGUCUGAGUUUACAUUCCCAGCGGCUGAUCUGAUCCCGAAGAGUGAGACUGAGGCAGCUGCAUUUAUCAGAGCCAAUCCCGACUUCGACGGCAGUGGGGUUGUAGUGGCCAUCAUUGACACUGGUGUGGAUCCCAUGGCCAAGGGCCUUCAGACAACAGCGGAUGGGCGUCGAAAAAUCCUGGACUGUGUAGAUACAACUGGGAGUGGAGAUGUGGAUACCUCCACCAAAGUGAGUCCAGACUCGGAGGGCAUGAUCACUGGACUGACGGGGAGAAGACUCAAGAUACCAUCCGAUUGGAAUAAUCCCUCCAAUGUCUACGGAAUAGGUGUGAAGAACAUUCUAGACCUGUACUAUCCUAGCACGAAGCGCCGUGUUCUGGAAAAACGAAAGAAAAGGUUGUGGGAGGGACAAAACGACACUGCUCUUGCAAGUAUAAGAAAGCGUUUGUUAGAAAUCGAGCAUCUUGAAAAGAAAUCAGAAUCAUCAUCUACGACUGCAGACUCCAAAGAUUCAGAAAGCUCAGAGGAUAAAUCGUCCGAUGCAUGUUUUACCAGUAAAUUGGGCACGAAGAAAAAAGACCAAGAAAAGCUACGACUUGAAAAGGAAGAUCUGAAUAGUCAAUUGAAGCUUCUAGAAGGUUUGGAGAAAAAGAUACCAGACCAGGGAGCUGUUUUUGAUGUAAUCACUUGGAAUGACGGCACUGGAACUCCUGGUGCAUUCUGUGAUGCCCUGGAAACGAAGAGAUCUGGAUGGUGUGUAUGUGUAGACAACAGCUUCAGUGGUGACCUCGAGUCGUGCAAAGUGCUCCGCCCUUACAAAGAGGAGUAUGACAUAGGCAGAAUAUCUCAGGAAUGCAUGUGCAACUUCACAGUUAAUGUCUAUGGAGAGAAAGGAGAUACGACAGUGAUAUGUGCCACUAGUAGUAGCCACGGGACACAUGUAGCCGCCAUCACAGCAGCAUACAGACCUGAUAAUACGGACUUAAACGGAGUUGCACCUGGAGCUCAGAUUGUCAGUAUCAAGAUUGGAGACUCCAGACUGAGUGCCAUGGAGACUGGUACUGCUCUUAUGCGAGCCAUGGAAUACUGCAACAGAAACAAAAUCGACAUCGCAAACUACAGCUUCGGCGAGCCAGCUGCUUUUCAAAACGCAGGGAGAAUCAUGGAGGCGAUCGAGAGAUCAAUUCACAAAUACAACCUGUGCUUCGUUACCAGUCACGGAAACGCAGGACCAGGUCUACGAACCGGCGGUGCUCCCGCUGCAUCUUUGAAUGGAGCUUUCACUGUCACAGCUUAUCUCUCCCCGGCGAUGCGGAAAGCACAGUAUGCAUUGGACAAUCCGAAUUGUGCCUCGCAACAUUACUAUUGGUCUUCCAGAGGUCCCUGUAUGGACGGGGGUCUAGGAGUUACAGUUUGUGCGCCAGGAGGCGCAAUCACGAGUGUAGCUCAGACGUUAAUGAAGGGCGAAGAGCUUAUGAAUGGAACUAGUAUGUCUUCGCCUAACGCUGCAGGGAAUAUCGCUCUUAUUCUAUCGGGACUGAAACAGAUAGGUUUAGAUUACACACCGUCUUCAAUUGAAAGGACACUGAAGAAUACUGCCUUGAAAAUGCCAGAUCAUUGCAGUUUCUCAUCUGGUGCUGGAGUUGUACAGAGUUUGAAAAGUUUUAAUCACUUCAAGGAAUUCGCGCCUAAAAUGGACAAUUUGAAUCAUAUGUACUUGAAAACAACAACAGCUAAAGGCCAGAAGAACGGAAUUUUACUACACAAUAAAUCGGAUUUUGACAAGAGUGUGUCUAGACAUUACGUCACAGUUGACGUCAAAUUUUCACCGAGAGUUGACAGUGAAACCAAGUGCGAUUUCUCAGUUGCAUUAGCUCUUGCUGCUUCCGAAUCGUGGGUUACAGUUCCGAGUUGUGUAUAUAUGACUAACAAUACGCGCGGGUUUUACGCUACUGUCGAUACGUCCUACCUCAAACCAGGUGCUCAUUACGCUGAAAUCAUGGCGUAUGAUGAGAAGAAUUUCGACUAUGGACCUUUGUUCCGGUUUCCUGUUACUGUCUUGAAACCUCUCAAUGAGACGUCGAGUGAUACUGAAUUCUGUUUCGAUUCUAUCCAAUUAUCCUCGGGAAAGAUAAUUCGGAAGUUUUUGCGACCACCUCAAGGUGCAAGUUUUGUGACUAUUAAAUUCACGUCAUUGUCUUCUGAAGCCGCGGCGAAGUUAAAUCUGCAUAUGGUGCAAAUCAAAGAGUGCUCUAUGCACACAGAAUGGUCGCAUCAUAAACAGUUUGUAUUGGAGAGCGAAUCAAGUACGUCCUACAGCUUUCACGUAGUACCGAAUGUUCUUCUAGAGUUGUGUCUGGCUCAGUUGAACUCGUGGUCGGUGAACAGUUUUGUCAAGAUGGUAGUUUCGUUCCAAGGAGUCAUUCCCAGCUGCGACAACUUCACCACGGAUCAUUUUGCGCCGCCUCUUCGCAUAGAUCUUGAGAACCGCCUCAGUCGUUGCACAGUGGAACCCAACGCAGUUUUGAAUCACCUCAUUACCCCUUUACGGCCCACCGACUACAAAAUUGUUCCUCUCGACUCAGAAAGAGACUGCAACUCCCUUGGACCCAUGGUGGACGGGCGCUAUCUAUGUCAGCCAAUCAGCGAAGAGACGAGUGAACAAGAUGCAUCAUCAUGUGAUUUGAAAGAGUUGAUGUAUGCCCUGGAGUUGACCUAUUUGUACAGCCACAGUGGGAAGGAGAAGGAUGUGUACCCAGAAUGUCCUCUGCUGGGUUCGAUGUUAUAUGAGAGCCAGUAUGAUAGCCAGAUGUGGAUUAUGUUUGACAGUAACAAACAAGUGAUGGGAUAUGGCGACUUCAAAGCGGACAAAUACUCAUGUAGUCUCACGAAAGGUGAUUACACUAUUAAAAUGUGGAUUAGACACCCGAAAUACGAAGUGUUGGACAAACUUCAAGCUCUUCAAUUCAUAAUUUCGCGAAAACAACCCAACAUAAAUCUCUCUUUUUAUACUACACACGCAUUAGUCUCAGAACGAACCUUCAAGUCCACCAGUUUAGCGAAAGGGGAAAUGACGCAUAUGUUCGUCUCACCGAUUGCCGAAGAUAAACUGCCGAAACAGUACACUUCGGGUAGUUACCUCUCGGGUAAAAUUUCAUUCAUAGGAAACGAGCCUGGAAAAUCUUGUAGUUCCUAUCCGUUAAAGUACCAACUGGGCCCGCUGUGUAUUUCUCCAAAGAAAGAUUCAGCGACUGCUGCAACCAGUAAUGAGAAACCGGUCAAGGAAAAGAGUUAUCCUGAGUUUAUAAAAGAAGCAAAACUGUCGUACCUUCAGAAGACUGCGACGACAAUAAAUGCGGAAGAUGCAGUUAAGAUGUACGAAGAGCUGGUCUAUGAGUUUGCGAAUGAUUUGAAUGUGGAUAUAACUUUCACAACAUAUCUGGGUUCUGGUCCAACCGAAAGGCAAGAAAAGCUUCGAUAUAAGCUGAUAUCAGUUUGUGACAUGGCCCUUGCAAAGCUGGACUUAGACCAUAUUCUCGCUUACUUCGGAUGUCAGAAGAAUGCUAGAGAAGAUCUAAUAAUUCGGAAGAAAUCCAGCGCAGACUCAAGUAAGAGCAACAGCAUGGAACAGGAAGUUAAUGUGGAUAAUGAAGAAAGCAAUGGAGCUGCGGGGUCCGAAUUACUAGUCUCAGGGGGUGCUAAGGAGUUCGAGAAGGAAGCCACUGGCGACGCAAAUGCGAAGGAUAUUGAAAAGCAAAAGAGUCAGAUGAUUGAUCUUCUGCAAAAGAAGUGUACCGCCUUGUUGGACAUGUCCCCUGUCCCUGAAGAAAAAGUGGAACAAAGCUGGAAAACACUGAAGAAGCUGACAGAUCCCAUGACUGACACGAAAACUUCCCAACUAGCUCUCAAAUACUGCAGGCACAGGAAGCUAUAUGGAUUGGUGGCUUCAAAGCUGAUGCAGGAAUACGAAAACACAAACACAAAAGCUGCUCUGAACAAUCUGAAAGCAGCUUUCAAACAGCUCAACUGGACUCAUGUAGUGGACAGGGUUGAUAAUUCAACCCUUUUGGUCAGAUUCCCGCCAAGUUAUCCUCCAUUCUAGUCAGAUCGCAGAUCUUCAGUUAUUCCAAACGCAUUUUUAUUUGUUAAUGUUCGAUUUUCAAUAAUAUUUUAACCGUUUAUUGUUUAACAAGAUUUGUAAAUAGUUUUUAAUUGAAUGAAAUUUGGUUGCAGAACUCUAAUUGGAAUUUCGUUUUUGACCGCACAACUAGAUGGAGUGCGGCCAGUAUUUAGACAGCCGCGUAUUCAU